AAUUUCUCUUAAACCAACAACACAACAUUUGCAACAACCAACUGAGUGAAUAGUGGUUACUAGAUUGUUCUUUUAUUUUCUAUAUCUCUUAUAUAAGUGUCUCUUCUUAAAAAGAAGAACACACACAGAGAGAAACCAUGGAAGGAGGUGUACCAGAAGCAGAUAUGUCUGCUUUCAGAGAAUGUUUGUCUCUGUCAUGGAAAAAUCCUUAUGUUCUUCGUCUUGCUUUCUCUGCUGGUAUCGGUGGCCUUCUUUUUGGCUAUGACACUGGGGUUAUAUCUGGAGCUCUUUUGUAUAUAAGAGAUGACUUCAAAGCAGUAGAUAGAAAGACAUGGCUUCAGGAAGCAAUAGUGAGUACAGCCAUAGCUGGAGCAAUCUUAGGAGCUGCAGUUGGUGGAUGGCUCAAUGAUAGAUUUGGAAGGAAAGUAUCAAUAAUUGUUGCAGAUACCCUCUUUUUAUUAGGGUCAAUUGUGAUGGCUGCUGCUCCAAGUCCAGCUAUUCUCCUUGUUGGUAGAGUAUUUGUUGGUAUUGGUGUUGGAAUGGCCUCAAUGGCUUCUCCUUUGUACAUCUCAGAAGCUUCACCAACUAGAGUUAGAGGUGCUCUUGUUAGUCUCAAUAGUUUUCUCAUUACUGGUGGACAGUUCCUUUCUUAUCUCAUCAACUUGGCCUUUACUAAGGCACCACACCCAUGGAGGUGGAUGUUAGGAGUAGCAGCAGCACCUGCUAUCAUUCAAAUUGGACUCAUGUUGACCCUCCCCGAAUCGCCUCGUUGGUUGUACCGCAAGGGCAAAGAGGAAGAAGCAAAACUAAUUUUGAAAAAGAUUUAUGAUGUCGAGGACUACGACAAUGAAAUUCAAGCAUUAAAAGAAUCAGUUGAUAUGGAACUGAAGAAUACAGAGAAAAUAAGCAUGAUGCAGCUUGUAAAAACAAAAUCAGUAAGAAGAGGUUUAUAUGCAGGUGUAGGACUUGCAUUCUUUCAACAAUUUACUGGUAUCAACACAGUUAUGUACUACAGCCCCUCAAUUGUUCAAUUGGCUGGUUUUGCAUCAAACAGAACAGCACUUCUUCUGUCAUUAAUCACUUCUGGCCUCAAUGCAUUUGGUUCAAUUCUGAGCAUCUAUUUCAUUGAUAAGACUGGAAGGAAGAAACUUGCAUUGAUUAGUUUGGUUGGUGUCGUGUUCUCGUUGACUCUUUUAACCAUUACUUUUCGUGAGGCUGAGAUUCGUUCACCCAUGGUUAGCGUCGUGGAAAGCUCCAGUUUUAAUAACACAUGCCCUGAUUUCAAAACAGCCACUAUGAAUAAUGAGAAAUGGAAUUGUAUGAGGUGUUUAAAGGCUACUUCAACUACUUGUGGAUUUUGUGCUGCUCCUGACAAGCUCUCACCGGGGGCAUGUGUAAUCUCUGAUGGUUCUAUGAACAGCAUGUGUACGAAUGUUCACAGGGCAUGGUACACUAGAGGAUGUCCAAGCAAUUUUGGCUGGAUUGCACUAAUAGGCCUUGCACUCUACAUCAUAUUCUUCUCACCAGGAAUGGGAACAGUUCCAUGGGUUGUUAACUCUGAAAUCUAUCCAUUAAGAUACAGAGGAAUCUGUGGAGGAAUAGCUUCUACCACAGUUUGGGUUUCCAACCUUAUUGUUUCUCAAUCCUUCUUAUCUUUGACUGAAGCAAUUGGAACAGCUUGGACUUUCAUGCUCUUUGGAAUCAUUGCGUUUAUUGGGAUUUUCUUUAUUAUCGUUUUCGUGCCUGAGACUAAGGGAGUUCCUAUAGAAGAAGUAGAGAACAUGCUUGAUAGAAGAUCUGUGCAGAUUAAGUUUUGGCAGAAGAGAGAUUCUGGUUCUGAGAAGCAGUGAUUCAGAAGAAAAUAAUAAUAAAAUCUAGUUUCAUGUUUAGUUCCAUAGCUUUAGUUAUUAAUGUGUGAAGUAAACUAUGGUUUGAAUUAAUGCUGAGUUUGUGCGAAUUACAAUGUCACCGUAAUUCGGUCAAAUUUGUAGUAACUUUAAAAUUACAUUGGAUUUCUUUUGGGUAAUAUGUUAUGUAAUUAACAUUUUAGUUCAAAUGGGUAGUUUUAUCAAGUGGAUUGUUAGAAAUCCUCAUGAAAUCUGUAGAGGAUUAUGAAGUGGGGAUUUAUGAUAUUAUUCACUUAUGAAGUAAUAAAAGAUAUUCACAUAUGUUUAUUAGCA